CUGCAAGCGCACGAGGUUGGUGAUGCAUGUAGCAAUAGUAGUGAGGUAGGUCGGCUUCUUUGCAUCUCCUUGACGUUGUCUGCCCAUUUCAACACUCUCCGUAUCCAUACAGCAACCAUACUACCAUGGGCGGCUUCAGCUGGUCACACCUAUUCACUCCCAUCCUCAGUCUCUUCCGCCCUAAGCCUAAUGCUGAGAUCGAAGCACUGAAAGAAGCAAACCAUGACUACAUCCGCGGCGACGAGUCUCAGCGCUCGCCUUGUCCCUUUUUGAACUCACUCGCAAACCACAACUACUUACCCCGCGACGGCAAAGCCAUCACCAAAGCCAAGCUCAAAGCCGCCCUAAUCGUAGCCGGCAACAGCACGCCCCUCUUCGCCGACGUCCUAUCCAGCAUCGUCAAGUCCGUCACGCGCAAAGACGGCACCUUCACGCUGGUCGACCUACGUCGCCACAACGCCGUGGAACACGAUGCCUCCUUCACCCGCCUCGACGCGCGACAAGGCGACAACUACACCUUCCAGCCCGCCAUGUUCGAAGCUAUGGUCAAGGAUGCCCACGGCGGGCCGAUCAACAGGGAUAGUAUUGCCCGCACAAGGGCGAGGAGGGAUAGGGAGGAGAAGGCUGCGGGUAAUGGGGCGGGUGUGACGUUUUGGAGGAGUCCGAGGUUGUAUGUCACGACGUGGAGUCAAGCGUGUAUCUUGUUGCAGACGUUUGGGGAGGAGAUUGGAGUGGAGGAGCUUAGGAAGUUCUAUACGGAGGAGCGGUUGGUUGAGGGCUGGGUUGGGGAGAAGAAGAAGCGGAUGACGUUCCUUGGGCAAUUGGGGGAUAUGGCAAGUGUGUGGUGGAAGCAUUUCUUCAUUCAGAUCGAUGGGGCCGCGGUCAAGGAUCCCUUGAAAGGGUGGUAAGCGAGUUUACUGUGAUUGAUGUUUCUUGACGAGGUAGAAUGGUUCGCUCUACACGGUGGAUAUUGUGAGCUUCACAUCGAGUGGUCCGUGCAUUACACCAUUCAUAGUGCCUCUACUUCGCCCC